AUGUACUCUGAGGUUACGUUCACCAAACGAAAGUUCGGGCUGAUGAAGAAGGCGUACGAGCUCUCGGUGUUGUGCGACUGUGAAAUCGGCCUGAUCAUCUUUAACUCGAGCAACAAACUGUUUCAGUACGCCAGCACUAACAUGGACGCAGUGUUGUUGAAGUACACCGAGUACAACGAGCCUCACGAAAGUCGGACAAACACCGAUAUCGUCGAGAUAACUCCCUAA